AUGUCUAAAGACACGGAAGGGAAGAGCGAGGAAAUUAUGGAUAUGGAGAGCAAGGUGUUGUGGUACCCGGACUCUAAGAGGAACACACAGAUGGACAAGUUUAGGAUACAGGUCAACGGAGACUACGGACUUAAUCUGGCCAACUACAACGACCUGUACCAGUGGUCGGUAGACAACUACUCAGAGUUCUGGGCAGAGGUUUGGCGCUUCUGUGGAGUAGUCAGCUCCAACCCAUAUGACGAGGUGGUGGAUGUAUCCAAACGGAUCUCAGAUGUUCCAGAGUGGUUUAAAGGAGCUCGGCUCAACUACGCUGAGAACUUACUCAAACAUGCAGACCAGGACAAGGUAGCUCUCUAUGCUGCAACGGAGGCAAAUGAGGAGAUAGUGAAGGUGACGUUUGGGGAGCUGAGGCAAGAUGUGGCGUUGUUCGCUGCAGCCAUGAGGAAGAUGGGCAUCCAGACUGGAGACAGGGUCGUAGGCUAUCUACCCAAUGGUAUCCAUGCAGUGGAGGCCAUGUUAGCAGCAGCCAGCAUCGGAGCCAUUUGGAGCUCCACAUCUGUCGACUUUGGAGUCAAUGGUGUCCUUGACAGGUUUUCUCAAAUCCAGCCAAAGCUGAUCUUCUCUGUUGCUGCUGUGGUUUACAACGGCAAAACGCAUGACCACAUGGAAAAGCUGACCAGUGUUGUCAAAGGUCUGCCUGACCUGAAAAAAGUAGUGGUGAUUCCCUACGCACGCUCCAAACAUGAGACUGACCUCUCCAAGAUCUCCAAUAGUGUAUUUCUAGAUGAUUUCUUGGCGUCUGGGCGUGGUGAGGGUGACCAGUUCCCUCAGCUAGAGUUUGAGCAGCUUCCAUUCAGUCAUCCUAUGUUCAUCAUGUACUCUUCUGGCACCACAGGAGCUCCUAAAUGCAUGGUACACUCAGCUGGGGGCACGCUCAUCCAACACUUGAAAGAGCACAUUCUCCAUGGUAAUAUGACCAGCAGUGAUGUGAUCAUUUAUUACACCACGACCGGCUGGAUGAUGUGGAACUGGCUGGUGUCUGCUCUGGCAGUGGGAGCCUCUGUGGUUUUAUACGACGGUUCACCACUAAUGCCCACACCCAACGUACUGUGGAACCUGACAGACCAGCUGGGCAUCACUAUCUUUGGUACCGGGGCCAAGUGGCUGUCUGUGCUGCAGGAGAGGAACCUGAAACCCGCGGAAACACACAACCUCCAGUCUCUCCACACCAUCCUGUCUACCGGGUCUCCUCUCAAACCUCAGAGCUAUGACUACGUCUACCGCUGCAUCAAAAGCAACGUGCUGCUGGGCUCCAUCUCAGGUGGCACUGACAUAGUGUCAUGUUUCAUGGGUCAGAACCCAACAGUCCCAGUGUAUCGUGGCGAGAUCCAAACAAGAAACCUCGGCAUAGCCGUGGAAGCCUGGAACCUUGAAGGUAAGCCUGUAUGGGGAGAGAGUGGGGAGCUUGUCUGCUUGAAGCCAAUCCCCUGCCAGCCAACACACUUCUGGAAUGACGAGAACGGGAGCAAAUACCACAAAGCGUACUUUUCUACAUAUCCUGGGGUGUGGGCCCACGGAGACUACUGUAAAAUCAACCCAAAGACAGGAGGCAUUGUAAUGCUGGGCCGAAGUGACGGUACAUUGAACCCCAACGGAGUUCGAUUUGGCAGCUCAGAGAUCUACAACAUCGUGGAGGCGUUUGAGGAAGUGUCAGACAGUCUUUGCGUUCCUCAGUACAACACUGAUGGAGAAGAGCGUGUUAUUUUGUUCUUAAAGAUGGCGCCUGGUAAGCCUUUCUGUCCGGAGUUGGUGGCGAAGAUUAAAGGAGCCAUUCGAAAAGCUCUGUCUGCCCGACAUGUCCCUGCUCUGCUGCUGGAGACCAGAGACAUUCCUUACACCAUCAGCGGUAAGAAGGUGGAGGUGGCUGUGAAACAGGUGAUCGCUGGCCGGGAAGUGGCGCAAAGAGGAGCUUUCUCCAACCCUGAUUCACUGGACCUCUACAAGAACAUUCCUGAACUGCAAAACUAUUAGAGAUGGGGCUUCACAGAGGUGGAGAGAGGACCUGCAAAGGAGAACCACCUGACGAGAAUUCAGCUUAGUUUUUAAAUUAACUUUAUUCAAAUUUACAGGCACAGGGAGACUUGCAAAGUCUAGUCAAUACGAUACAAAAAUGGUGCAAAUUAUAUUAAUAUAUAUAAUAUGGUAUCAGGCAGAUGAGAGACAUUAGGUGUACUAAUCCAUAAGCUAACUUUCAAUCAAGUGAUUAAGCAGCUUAUACAGGCGGUGUGUGCGCCGUGUUACGGCUGCGCCACGGGUUUUGACCCAUCCUCGGCCCUGUGUCAACUCACACUGGAAGCGUUUCAGCAGCGGAGCAUUUAGCCUUCUCCACGUUGUUGACUUGUUGUUUAUUUGUUAUUUUGUGUGCUUCUGCUACCGAUCACAGCUCUCUGUGAACCGUUUUCCUCCAGUUCCCUGCAGGGCUGAAUUUCCCACAUGGAGCAUUUCACAAUAAGAGCGUUUUGCUUGCCUGAUUUUGCUGAAUUGUUUAGAGUUAGUUGAUUUGGUAAGUGUUCCUCGAUUUUUGUGCUUCUACCGUGGUUAAGAAGGCUUUUUUGGUCUGUUUUAACUGUGUUUAUUGUUGAGAUACGAUAAGGAGUGUGCACAAGUUAUUUUAUUUUGAAAAUCCACCGGAUUAUCUUUGCUGUUUAUGUGUCUGACUUCCUGUCCGGCUCAUCUGCUCUGUGCUGCUCGACACGUCUUACAGCAAAAAUAGAGUGCCUGCCUAUUCUUGCGCUUCUGGUGUGAGCACAAGCAUUGACUACAAUUACAACGAUUAGGUACGGCAGCCGUGACGCAUCCGUAACGCAGCGCACACGCCACCUGUGUGAGUCCAAGGUUAGUCUACCAUGAUGUGCAAGUAAACUGGAUUCAGCUUUGAAUGUAAUAUGAUGUGCACAGCAGCCCUUGUGAAAAAUGCUUUGAGUCCACCAACAAUGGAGAAGUGAUAUUUCGGAUUAAGCUCUUUGCUUUGACUUCACAGGCUGAUUGCUAUCAGCCUGUGAAGAACCAUAUCUCCCUGUGUCACCUGCUUUAACACCGGUGUUGGUUCUGAGUGGGUCCCAGACUGAAAAUCCAUGGAAGUGUACAGAUCAACGCACACAAACAUCUGGGAUUAACAUUGCGGCUUUGGCUCAUAUCACCAUAUCAUUGUUAUGUGGUGUGUAUGCUUUAUUAAAUGUAUAUAUAUGAAUAUAUAUUUUUGGACUGUGAAAUUACGUUAACAUUGUAAUUAUGCAUUUAAAGGUAGUAAUUCAAGCCUGUUAACCAAACCAUACCAAAGUGAGUCUCAGAUUUAGGGUUUGUAACAUGUCAGGAGUUGUACUUUGAAUAAAUUAAUCAUAGAUAGAAUCUAGAUAAAACAAAACUUACUGAAUGUUUGUCCCAACUUAAAAAGAUAUUGAUUUCUUGUAUUGCAUGCUCAAAUCUUAACCCUAAUUUGACUUUGUAACCAUUGAUUCUGUUUCAUUCUGACCAAGACAGCAAGAGGAGCUCUCCACAAGCAAACAUUUUUUAAAGUCAUGUUGGCAAUGAUUCAUCAAGCUAUUGUAUAAAGUCAGUCAGUCAGUCAGUCAAGAUCAAGUGUGAUCUGAAAGUAAGAAAAUGUUCAUAUCACCACUGAAGCCUGUAGUAAUUAGUUCCAUAUCUAUGUUCCAUGUUUGGCGGAAAUCAAAGAAAAAUGUGCUUCAAAUAGCUACAGUACUGUAGCCUGUUUUUGCUUUGUACAGGGAAAGCUGAAUUAUGUAUUCAAAAUUUCCCCAUGCUGUGUGGCAAAGCCUAAAGGCUAAUUAAUGCUAUGCUAAAGAUGAACUGCAGCAGUUGUGGUCACUAGUAGCUAGGUAUAGGCGGGUUAGGGUGUAAUAUUUGCACCCAGCACCACGGUGCUCUCCAAGGUGCUGAUGCUGCUUCAGGGAGCAGCUAGGGAGCUGUCCAGAAUACUCUCUUUCUCCCCCUGCCCACAGUAGUGGGAAGAUCUAGGCUAAAUAAACAAAUUAAACAGUGUUUUUUAUGGUUGAAUAGCAGCAAAACAAGUAACCCUUCUUAAAAGAUAUGAACUCUGUCUUGCUCGCAGUGUUUCUGUAAGUUAUUAAUAACUUGCUCGGAAUACUGCUAUGUCACUUUUUGACCCGUCCGUUCAAACCUGUGAUAUUUUCUUGUAAGCUUAACUGGGUCCGUCGACCCGCGCAUCACUACUGGUAACACUACUGAGCAACAUGAGUAUACAGUAACAAAAACACUAAUCACUUGGGCUUCAUUUCCUGUUGGGAGAAAAAAAACUGACCAGAAUGUAAAUUGUGGUGAAGUCAGUGUCACCCAAGCAUUUGAUCUUUGGAGAAAAAAUUAGGCUGCAUUUUAUACUGAUAAACAGAUAGCACUUUUCUUACUGGGCCUUUGUAGUUUUUAAGGAUUAUUCUUGUUCGGCUUUUGAUUCAGUCUUUGUCCCUUGUUUCUGUUCUGCUCUCUGUAAAACCACUUUAACUGGAAAACUCUGCAGUUCAUCUUACUGCUGAGAUUGAAUAAAUAUCCUCUUUAAAGGCACAACUA